AUGGUGGAAGCGAGCAACGUGUCCCACACUGUGGUUCUACGGCCUCUCAAGGCUGGGUACUUCAACUUCACCUCUGCCACCAUCACGUACCUGGCACAGGAGGGUGCACAGGUCGUGGUUGGCUUCACUAGUGCUCCCGGGCAGGGAGGAAUCCUGGCUCAGCGGGACUUUGACAGGAGGUUCUCCCCUCACUUUCUGGACUGGGCGGCAUUUGGCGUGAUGACCCUGCCCUCCAUCGGGAUCCCCCUGCUGCUCUGGUACUCGAGCAAGAGGAAGUACGACACCCCCAAGACCAAAAAGAACUGAGCAGAGUCAAAUGCCAUCAGCGCCCCAGAGCUUGGGAAAGGACAACCCUGAACCCCCAAGAACAGUGGCUGGGCUGGGAUGGCACCGUCCCCUGCGAGGUGCUGCCUGGGCUGUGCUUCAGCCCUCUGGGCAAAGGAUGUGGGGGCUGCAGCAGCAGCAAGGAGGUGUCCUCUGUGUUCUAAAGGAGGAACAAGCAAACAGAAAAAAGAACAACCAAAAAUCCCAAA